GCUGUAGUUCUUGUCAUACACCACUUUCCCCCAGGGAACCCCUAAUCUCUGCAGCCAGAUGCUCUGGGUAUUGCUUACAGCCUGUCCCACCCAGCCCCAGGGAGGGCUGCAGCCCGGCUUGGUAUCAAGGGGCACAGGAAGGGGCUGGAUCAGCUGAGAGCGGUGGGUUGUGUCUGGUGUUUGCAGUGGGGAGGCAGAGAUAUGGACUCCUAGGUGCUUCUGCUUUGCAAAUAAUCAUAAUAAUGAAUAACUGUAAUGACAGGGAUGAGAGACCGCGGCUCCUGCAUUGCAGUUGCUUCUAAUCCGAGCUGUUUGAAGUUGUUGCCGCCUCCAUUGUGAGCCUGGAGCGGGGCUGAGCCGCUGCUGCUCCCUGGCGGGUCUGUGCUGGGAGAGACCUGCACUCAUCACCCCCCCCCCGCCCCCAAGGGACUUUCUGCGGGGGCUGGAACCAGCCCCGGGGUCAGCCCCCGGCUCUGCCGCCACCAACCUCUGAGCCGGAGCCUGCAGGAGCAGGUUUUCCAAUUCCCAAGCCCGACAUGAUCUCCUGGAGGAAAUGGAGAAAAGAGCUGUGGGUCCCAGACUCUCAGAACUCUGAGGAAAGUGUGACCCUGAGGAACACCCACACAGCAGGUGAUGGGAUGAUGAGUAAGAUUAAGGAGGAGAAUCCUCAGCAGGAAGGUCCUGAGGAAGUGGAAUCACACGGGACGGUAUUGGGAAGAUCCAAAGGAAAUAUUUCCCAGAGACCCAAGCAAGGAGAAGCCUGUGGGAGUCAACACAAGUCAGAAAGGCUGAAAGGAAACCAGCCAAGGAAAAGACGUGCUGAAUCCAUUCAUCCAGGAGAUGGUUUGAAGGAUGGUAAAGAGACCAUGAUCCAGCCAAAGAUCCACACUAAAAAGAAAUCGUAUAACUGCCCCGAGUGUGGGAAAAGCUUCACUCAGACAUCAAAUCUUAUUAUACAUGAGAGAAUCCACACAGGGCAGAGACCCUAUAAAUGUCUUGAGUGUGGGAAAAGCUUCAGGCAGAGAUCAGACCUCAGUAAACAUCAGCGAAUCCACACGGGAGAGACCCCUUAUAAAUGCCCCGACUGCGGGAAAAGCUUUAAGCAAAGAUUCAGCCUCAUCGUACAUCACCGAAGUCACACUGGCGAGACCCCUUAUAAAUGCAAUGACUGCGGGAAAGGCUUCACCCAGAGCACCAACCUGGUUUCGCACCAGAGGAUCCACACGGGAGAGACACCCUAUAAAUGCGCCGACUGCGGGAAGAGCUUCAAGCAAAGAUUCAGCCUCAUCGUACACCAGAGAAACCACACUGGAGAAAGAGCCUAUAAAUGUGCUGACUGCGGGAAAAGCUUCAAGCAGAGCUCGGAGCUCAUUUCGCACCAGAGAAUCCACGUUGGAGAGAGACCCUUCAAAUGCACAGAGUGUGGGAAAAACUUCAGUCAGAGCUCAGGCCUGAUUAGACAUAGGAGAACCCACACGGGAGAGAAACCCUACAAGUGCAUCGACUGUGGCAAAGGCUUCAGUCAGAGCUCGGGACUCAUUAGGCAUCGGAGAACCCACACAGGGCAGAAACCCUAUGACUGCCCUGAGUGCGGAAAAAGCUUCACUCAGAGCUCAGCCCUCAUCGUACAUCAGAGAGUCCACACGGGAGAGGCACCCUAUCGAUGUUCUGUCUGUGGGAAAAGCUACAAGGUGAAGGACUCCCUCAUUUCCCACCAGAAACUCCACACAGGAUAGGAGGCAAAGGGAGCUCUCAAAGCAGGGCAAUGGGUCUGUGCCCUCCUGAAGCAAAGUAUAAACAUACUUCCUUUGAGGAAGCUCUUGGGAGGGGAGCAAGGGGGAUGAAGCAUAGGCACCGAGUCCAAGAGAACUCCAGGACUGGAGCACCCACAGAAAAAAAAUAGUGGGUACUUAGCACCCACUGGCAGCCCUAUGGGUCAGUGCCUCCCCCUCCCCCCGAGUGCCUCCAGCCCGUCUGUGGUCCUCCGAUCGGUUCCUCCCCCUUCCCCCAGCACCUCCCGCAAUCAGCUGUUCUGUGGUGUGCUGCAGGCUUUGGAGUGGGAGGAGCAGGGGCAAGAACAGGUGGGAGGAGGGGGGCAGAAAGAGGUGGUGUGGGGGCGGGGCCUACACAGCAGGGGUUGAGCACCCCCCGGGAUCUCUGUAAGUUAGAGACUCUGGGGUGGAUGGUUUCAGUUUGGGGAGAAGGGGUUGGUGGGACCUGUGCGUUAGAGUCAGUAUAGAGAUGCGACACUUCCUGAAGUCUUUUUGGUUUUCCUUUGGCACCUUUCCUGCGAGAGGGAAGAAACAAAGCAGCUCAGGACAGGACAAUUGCAGGCUGCAGCUACACAGAGCAGUCGGCAGUUUGGUUACCUCAUUGCAUGCUGUACAUCAUGUCCAUAAUAAAGGAUUGAUCUUGACACUUCUGCUCAUCAGAAAGAUACCACAUGGUACCAGCAGUGGAAGGCACCCACCAUGCUGGAAGACCCAGUGAGAGAAGUCACAUUGCAACGGCCGCUACAGAGCCUUUACAAGUAACUUCUCCACCCGCCCUGAGAAUCAGAGGAAAUCUGGAUUUGCCUGAAAAGGAUUCAAACUGCAGUUUGAGCUGCUUAUGAAAGCCAGCCACAGGGACAAAUAAAGUGGAGGCCAAGCCAAAGAUUCCUUUGAUCCUUACCGUGGCAGGCACAGAAGUCCCAGAUGGUGAUGGAGAAAGAAAGGAAAGUUGUGCAGAAAUAUCGAAAAUGUUUGAGGCUCAUUAUGUUCUUAGAAAACAAUGUUAGUUAUGAGAAAGAGAGAGAGAUGGGUCCGGAUAAGAACACAAAAUGAAGGGGAAACAACAGGGGAGUUUUGUCAAAGAUUUAAAGCUAAAAAGUCAGUCCUGUGACUAAGGAAUCAUAAAAGAUUCUCUCAUUCAAGACCAGAGUAGCCUGGGGUGUAACAACAAGAAAGGCUGUGAAUGGUUAUUAAGGAAGAUGGAGCUGUCACUAGAAAGGGCAAUAUGUAGAGGUGAGCCCCUGUGUUUUCAGUUUAAACUGAUUUUUACUGAAAAAUUUCCGGGUUUUUUUUAUUCCGUUUUUCCUGAUUUUCACUCUACUUUUGUAUCAUUCAAAUAUAUAAAAAAUAACAUGUUUUAUUAGGGAAAUACCAUACAUGGCAUGAGAUCUAUGUAUUAUGAUCAUACAUUAGUUUGUGUGUGUAUGCGAAGCUGCCUGUUGAAGUAAGCCUAUGUAUUAGUCUAGAAGAUACACACAAUAAACGGGCGGGCACGCAAGUGCCAAAUUGUGUGCGCAUCUGAACGUACUAAUGAAUCUCACCCACCACGUAUAUAUUUCAAGCUGUUAGCAGAUAACAGGUUAAAGAUUUGACACACUAAAAUGGGAAGAAAACAAAAAUCUGAAUAUGUAUCCAAAUAUGUUUCAGAACCAAGGAAGUAUUCGAAAGUUUAAAAAAAACAAAAAUAGGAGAAAGGGAUGAAGUUGAGUGUAUGUGCUGCAAAUGGUGUGGCCCAAUUAUUAUAUGUAAACAUUUAUAGGCCAAUAGUUCUAAGUCUACAACAGUAAACUGUUUAUUCAAAUUAAAAGCCUUAUUUGAGAAUUAGAGAUACAUUGUUUCUUAAACUCAGUGGUGAUGUUGUGUUUUGAGUUCUGUUUUAGUUCUGCAGCAAACCACACUAAUAAAUGGAAUUCAAAGCAUUAAUCAACUGAAUACUUUUCUCCCCAGUCUUUCCGUCCACCAAAAUAAACCCCGAUAUUUACCCAGAAAAGUUAUUAAUAGUUUUUUGCACUGAUUUUCACCUGGUUUUGUUGUGGUAAUAACACUGAUAAAAUCUCGGGAAAAAUUAAAUUAAACAAAAACUGAAAACGAAGGGCCCUAUGUAUAGGCCAAGCAGCAGACAAACAAAGGCAAACAAAAAGUCUAGAGAGACGCACAGAGCAUAUUGCUUUGGCUUCUAUAGCUAAAUCAACAAGCGAAAAGUUCCCAGAAAAUCAAUUGGCCAGGGACAGAAAAUGGAAAGCAGGAAACAACGUCAGUGAUGUGGCAACCAGUAUGAUUAUAGAAAAUAUCCAGCAUUUGGGCAAAUAUGUAGAAACUAUAAUAAACCCAACCAUUAUACUAAAAUGUGGAGAGAAAGCCGGAAAGUUUAUGUAUUAAGUGCAGAAAGGGAUUCCUCAGGAGAAAAGGAACUGCUGUUCUAAAGCAAAUAGAGGAGGGUGAAAACUCAAAAGAUUGGCAAGAUGCAAGAUAGACACUGGUGCACAAAUAAAUGUAGUAACACAAACUGAAAUAGAGAGAUAAAAGGAAUAUGGAAAGGUGGAAGAGUCAAAAACAUCUGUGAAGACUAUGAUGAAGGAACAAUUCCAGUGUUGGGAAAGUGCACGCUGACGCUUCAAUGCAAAUGGAAAAUGAUAAAACAAGAGUUUGUGGUGGUACCCAGAGGCCAGCCCAGCCUUGGGCCUACACAUGCGUCAGGAGUUUGGUCUCAUUAAGAGGAUGCAUACCUCAGAUAGACAGAAAGACAACGCAGAACCAGAUAUGAAAGUAUGAGGAGCAGCAUAUGAAGAUGUAUUCACAAGAAAUAGAUGCCUCCCAGUAACAGACAUAAGGCAGGUAGAAGAAGAUGCAGAACCUAUGGUACAUACUACGUGAAAAGUUUUGCACCCCUUAGGAAAGAGGGUAGAAGAGCUGUGAAAUAUGACAGUAAAUGGUAGGAUUUGGAGAAUCGAAGAGCCAGCAGUUUGGGUUCCCUCCUUAGUAACUGUAGAGAAAAAAGGAUGGAGACUGUGGCAGUGUAUGGUUCCUAAGGUGCUGAACAAAACCAGAAAAAGUACACUUGGCCACAAGAAGUGAACUACUGUCUAAGAUGGCAGGAGCCAAACUCCUCACCAAAUUAGAUGCAUUGGCAACGUAGUGGCAGACCCUCUUAGACCAAUGGUCCCCAAACUUUUGAAGGUUGCGCCCCCCCUUACCCCUGCCAGCCCUCCACCUCUCCCCCAAGCCAGGCCUGGGGGUGGGUCUGGGGCCAGGAGCACGGCUGUGGCCAAGGCUGGGGGCGGAAGCGGAGUCAUAGCCAGACUCUGGUGGGGGCUGGCAGCCAGGUCUGCGGCCAGGUGCGGCUCUGCUCCCAGCCUUCGUCCCAGCCACAGUCGCUGGUCAGGAAUGGAGCCGCAGCCAGUGGCCAAGACUGGAGGUUGGCGCAGGGCCCAGAGUGGAGCUACACUGAGCCUGGUGAUGGGGCCAGGGCCAGGAACAUGGCUGGGAGUGGGACCGGAGCAGAGCUGGGGGCGGGGAAGGGCUCGGUGUCGCUCCCUCCCCGCCCUCCUGUGGGGGAUGGCCCAGGUCCUGCCGUGCCCCCCUGGAUGUUCCUCCAUGCCCCCCUAGGGGACCAUGCCCCACACUUUGGGGACCUCUGUCUUAGAGAGUGCUCCAAGAUCUACACUUUCAACACACCGAUUACCCACUGAUUAGCAGAUACUGCUUCUGAAGACUAGGCUGCCUUUCUGUAGAGGUUCAUUUCCAGCAGUUAUUCACUGUCCAGUAAGCCAAAUGCUGGAAGGUCUGGCAGAUGUCAUAGUGUACAUUGAUAAUAUACUGAUUUGGGGCAGCAUUGCCUUUGAACAUCAGGACCCACAGAGGAGAGUACUGGAAAUUGCAGGAGCUAAGGAUCUUACACUGAAAUGAUGUCCAUUUCAAACCAUGGAAAUAGCCUUCUUGGGAAAGAGACUGACAACAAUGGGAACCAAAGAUUCAGGCAAUACUGAACAGGCCAACACCUGAUGAUAAAAGGGGAAUUCAAAGGCUGCUAGGCAUGCUGCAUUAUGUCAGCAAGUUCAUACCUAACUAUACAGCUCACACAAUUCAUCUAUGACGUCUCUGCCACAAGGUCACCAUAUGGAAGAGUAUUCAAUGAUUUAAAGCAUAUUAUGACAUCAGCUCCAAUACUGCAAACUCCACAAAGUGUAGGACUGGAAAAGAGAAGGCCAGUACUGGGAUAUACUUUGGGGAAGGGCCAAGGCUGCCUCCUAGUGGACAAAGUCCAGGCUCUCAAAGCAUGCCCUAUCGCAACCACAAAGAAACAGGGCUGAAGGUUUUGGGGACAUGCAGUUUACUACUGCUGAUUUGUAGCAGGGUUUUCUAUGAUAGCAGCCCCCCUUCAUUAACCUAAUUAAGGACAGUAGCCCCCAGGAAGAUUCACUGGCCUGCAAAAGGGCCUUUGAGAAGUUGAAAAACCAUCUAUGCAAAGAGCCUGUCCCGUUCAGUCCCAGCUUCUCAAAAUAAUUGAUUUUGCAGACUGACAUAAUCCCAGGUAGUUAAUGGAGUGGAAGAUACUGUACUCUAUCUGAGCAACAAACUGUUCCCUUGGGAGUGGGCAUAUUCAGUAACAGGGAGAAAAAGACUUUGUGACACAGAAGCUCCUUGGCAAAGGAUCCCCUGUUCUUUGCCAACAAUUCUGAUCUCAGACCUGACAAACUCACUGCACCAAACACAUCUUGCAGAAUAUUGAUCCAUAAGAGUAGCAUGUAAGGUAUCUACAGAAUGCUCAUAACUUGUUAAGAUUCAUAAUCAUUGUGAGAUGUAUGUACAGGUAAUAUUUAAAGAAUAAUGUAUUGAGAUUGAAAGUAUGCUUCAUGGAGUUGGAAUAAAAGUUAGUCACCAUGGAAUAA